GCGGGGCUGUGGCGGGUUCUCGUGCGCGAGGCAACUGAGGAGGAGAUCGCGCGCGUUUUUUUUCCCACCCCCCUCGCCUCAUCUCUCUCUCCCCCCCCCACCACCACCCACCUCACCCACCUCGCCUCACAACAACGCAGGAGAGAACAAAACAAAUUUAAAUUAAUCGAGUCCGAGUUCCCUCGCCGAUCCGUCAUUUUGGCGACCCAAGUUUAAACGACGCCACGCACGCGACCGACAAUGUCGCAGGACGAAUGCUGGGGCUGGGCCGGCUGCGAGGAAGCGCUGCACGGAGCGUGCAGGGACGGAGACGCCGUCCGCCUCGCGCAGUUGCUGCGUUCGGCGAGACACGACCCGCUCGCCGAAGACAGACUCUACGGCUGGGCACCGCUUCACUGGGCCGCCUACUUCGGCAAGCUGGACUGCCUCUCCACGCUUGUGCAGGCCGGCGCCAGCGUCACGACGGUGACCUCGCGCUACGCUCAGACGCCGGCGCACAUCGCGGCCUUUGGAGGCCACCAGCACUGUCUGCUGUGGCUGCUGAGGGUCGGGGCCAACGUCAACCAGCAGGACUACCUGGGCGAGACUCCUCUGCACAAGGCCGCUCGCUCCGGGAGUGAGGAGUGCGUCCAUUUGCUGGUGGCGUGCGGAGCGCAAGUCGAAGUGCCCAACCACAGCGGCAUCACCCCGCUGGAGUUGGCCAUCUCUCAGGGCUUCUCGCGCCCUGCCGCCUUCCUCGCCAACGAGCUCGCUCGUCGCCGUGGCGACGCCGGAGGAGGAGGAGGUGGGGGAGGAGCGGCGGCGGCUGCGGCGGCGGCUGCGGCGGCUGCUGCGGCGGCGGCGUCGUCGGUCUCCAACGGUGACGGAGGAGGGCGCGGCCGCAAGCGUUCCCACGGCGACGCCAACGCCAACGGCGACGAGAAGAAAGCGCGUUGCCAAGACUUCCUGCCUCAGCCUACGCCGACCCCUGCCACCGUCGGCGUCGGCAGGGAGUGCCUGUGGCAGGAAGAUACUUUCUUCCACCACCACCACCAGCAGCAGCAGCAGCAGCUCAACCACAACGGCGGCAACGGCAACAACAACAACAACGGCGGCGGCGGCGGCGGCGGCAAUCAUCGUAACGGCGAUGAUUGCGGCGACGAGGCCAUGGCCGUGUCGGAUGGUUGCGGCGGGCAGCACGCGGUGGCGGUGGCCGCCGGCGCUCACCACGCGGAGGCCGCCGCCGUGGCUCCCAGCGCCACGUUGCAGGCAUCGUACCGCUGCGUGGGUGGCUACGCGUAUGACUUCUGAUCGCCGAGUCGUUUGCCCACCCCGCUUGCCCCCCCGUGCUGUGGGCGGUGGUGGUUUUGGUGGUGGUUUUGGUGGUGGUUGCUGGUUCCUCUGGCACGCUAUCCACUGGUGCACUACUGGGGGGAUGUGCUCCCGAUUUUCGGGUUAAUCCAAAAAAAAUAAUCCGAAAAUCUCGCCUUGAUACGUAAUUUUCAGACGUAUCCGGAACACACGUUUUUUUUGGAUCAUAGUAUCGUCUGUGGGUCUCUGUACGUCUGCGGGUCUCUGUAUGUCUGCGGAUCUCUGUACGUCUGCGGGUCUCUGCAAGUUUGUGGGUCGAUGUAAGUCUAUGGGUCUCUAUGCCUAUCGGUUUCUAAGUAUAUGGGUCAAUGUAAGUCUGUGGGUCUCCGCAAGUCUCUAAGUAUGUGGGUCUCUGUACCUCUGUAUGUAUCUUUGUUCGAACUUCUUUCACACCGUACGUAGCCAACCGUGCUAAUCAGAGUUGCGGGGCAAGGACAACAAUCUAAACACAGGAAAGCAGUAUGCAUGUCUGGGUCUAUGUAAGUCCGUGUAAGUCUAUGGGUCUACGUAAGUCUGGGUCUCUAUGCAAGUCUAUGAGUUGCCAUGUAAGUCUGUAGCGUUUACCUUUAUCUGU